UACUUCAACAAGAGUGUCAUUUUAUCCAAAAGGAUACAGUUAGCUCUCUCCACAACCUCAUUCCAAUCCUCAAAUGGCUGUCUCAUCCAUAGCCAAUCUCUUCACCUUCUUCAACCCCUCCAAACCCCCAACACCCAAAGCUCCAACCCUUCAAUUCUCUCCCUCCGCCGUUGAUUCUCUCACUUCUUCAAGACCUAACAAUGAUUCUUCGUCAAUGGUCGUUUCAUCCAAUGACAAUCAUAAAUACCCAAUAUUACCAGUAUCGUCUUCUGAUUCCGAUGUUAUGGCUGUAACUUGUCCCUCACUUGCUUAUGCGAACACCCUUUACUUCAGAUCGGCUUAUAAUGUUCAGGUUAUUGUGGGUGAUAAUGAACCGGAAGAAAAGCUUCUCGGCCGGUUUAGGAGGGAGGUCAUGAGAGCUGGGGUUAUCCAGGAAUGCAAGCGUAGGAGAUAUUUUGAGAACUCGCAAGAUGAGAAGAAGCGCAGGACACGUGAUGCUGCUCGGCGCAAUCGCAGAAGACGUGGCCCACCAAGAAAUUUCUCAGAUGAUAAGCAAGAGACAACUAAGAGCAAGAGGGAUGACGAUGGGGAAGAUAACUGGGAACUCCCUGAUGGAGGUGUUGCCUUUUGAUUUUAUUGUAGUUUCUUUUUCGGUUUUUUGGUCCAUCUGUAGAAAGUGGUUUAUUUCCCACUUCGGAGAGAAUUCUAUUCAUGUAAUUUCCUUUGGGAAUCAUUUUCACUGAUUUUACCAACUGCAUUUACCUGAUACCUUGUACUAUAUCUAUGUACUCGUAAAAAAUGUAGUAAUUGUUAAGCCUGUUUCAUAGUA